AUGAAUCGAAGACGUGCGUACGAAGAUGAUGGAGACUUUUACGGAGAGCGCAACAAGAAACGCCGCAGGGUAUCGGAAAACCAGGAGAUGGAAGAACGCUUAGAAACGCUGAUCCUGCGAGUCGGCGAAAACAGUUCUUCCUCGCUGGAAUCGAACCUGGAAGGGUUGGUGUCGGUACUGGAAUCGGAUUUGGGUAACUUUCGGAGCAAGAUUCUACGCAUCCUAUCGGAUUGUCCGAUCAAAAUGCCCGAAAAGUGCACCAUAUACUCGACCAUGGUGGGACUGAUGAAUGCCAAGAACUACAACUUUGGCGGCGAGUUUGUCGAGUACAUGGUGAAAACGUUCAAGGAUAGCUUAAAGCAAUGCCAGUGGGAUGCUGCCCGGUACGCGCUACGCUUUCUGGCAGAUCUGGUGAAUUGUCACGUGAUAUCCACGAAUUCUUUGCUCCAGCUGCUGGACAGCAUGGUCGAUGCGGCCAACGAAGACAAUGUGCCGCAGGUUCGACGCGAUUGGUACGUCUUUGCGGUGCUUUCCACCCUACCAUGGGUGGGUCGAGAGCUGUACGAGAAGAAGGAAUCGGCGCUGGAAAACUUGCUGGUUCGCAUCGAAGUGUUCCUGAACAAGCGCACCAAGAAACAUCACAACGCAUUGCGCGUGUGGUCGGUGGAUGCGCCACAUCCACAGGAAGAAUAUCUCGAUUGCCUGUGGGCCCAGAUCCGGAAGCUGCGGCAGGACAAUUGGACCGAGAAGCACAUUCCUCGGCCAUACUUGGCAUUCGAUUCGGUGCUGUGUGAGGCGCUGCAACACAACAUCCCCGUGAUUCAUCCUCCGCCCCAUCAGGAUUCGUUCGAAUAUCCGAUGCCGUGGGUGGUGUACCGUAUGUUCGAUUAUACCGAUUGCCCCCCGGGGCCGAUUCUGCCCGGUGCGCAUUCAAUCGAACGCUUCCUCAUCGAGGAACAUCUGCACUCGAUCAUUGAAAUGCACCGCUGGGAGCGCAAGGAUUGUGCAAUCCAUUUGCUGCUCCUGCCGUACAAAGAAAAAAUCCCACUGGAAUAUUGCAUCGUGGAGGUGAUCUUUGCCGAGCUGUUUCACAUGCCGACUCCGCGCUACCUCGAGAUAUGUUACGGCUCCAUACUGAUCGAGCUGUGUAAGCAGCAACCGUCGAAGAUGCCACAAGUGCUUGCACAGGCGACGGAGAUUCUGUUCAUGCGUAUCGACUCGAUGAAUACGUCGUGCUUCGAUCGGUUUGUGAACUGGUUUUCCUAUCAUCUGAGUAAUUUCCAGUUCCGUUGGUCGUGGGACGAUUGGGACAGCUGUCUACUGUUGGAAAAUGAGCAUCCACGACCGAAGUUCAUUCAGGAGGUGUUGUUGAAGUGCUUGAGAUUCUCGUACCAUGAUCGGUUCAAGGAGAUGAUGCCAGAAGGGUAUGCGAAACUCAUUCCUAAACCACCCAUGCCUCACUACAAGUACUCGAUGGAAGGCGCAGCAUCCUUACCGGGGACGGCAACGGCCCACAAGCUAGUGGUUGCUAUUCGUCAAAAAUGCAAUGCCGAGGACGUGCUGAGCGAAUUAAACGAUUUGCCAAAUUCGAGGGAUGCGUCCGACAUGGAGAUGGCCGAGGAGCCUUUCAAUCCACUGAAAAUCGAUGUGUUUGUUCAAACACUGUUGAACUUGGGCUCCAAGAGUUUCUCUCACAGCUUUGCAGCUAUUUCAAAGUUUCACACCGUGUUUAAAGCACUGGCAGAGACAGAAGAAGCUCAGAUUUGCAUUCUCCACAACAUGUUCGAAUUGUGGGCUGAUCAUCAGCAGAUGAUGGUCGUUAUUGUGGAUAAGCUUCUCAAAGUGCAGAUUGUCGAAUGUUCCGCUGUGGCGACGUGGGUCUUCUCGAAGGAAAUGGUGGGCGAAUUUACGAAAAUGUAUUUAUGGGAAAUAUUGCACCUUACGAUUAAGAAGAUGAACCAACACGUCACUAAGCUGAGUCGCGAAAUGAACGAAGCCAAGGAAAAGUUAGCCCGCACGGUCGAAUCAUCAUCUAGCGAAUCGGAAGAUGAGGCUUCCCCGAAUCCUCAGAAACAUCGCAAGAACACAGAAGGAUCGGGCGAAAAGCCUACGGAGGAACAGGUGGAACGGAUGGAGGAGAAGCUGGAGGCGGCGUACGUAGAUCAGAAGCGUCUGUUUCUGAUCAUUUUCCAACGCUUCAUUAUGAUCCUGUCCGAGCAUCUAGUAAAGUGUGACACAGAUGGGCGAGAGUACGAUACCGAUUGGUAUCGCUGGACUGUUGGCCGGUUACAACAAGUGUUUAUGAUGCACCACGAGCAAGUGCAAAAAUACAGCAGUACAUUGGAAAGCUUGUUGUUCACGUCCGAUCUCGACCCGCACAUACUGGAUGUGUUUCACCAGUUCACCGCGCUGCGAUCAUAA